AUGGGGGAUCACGGCGUCAACGGAACUUAUGGCAACGACUACGGCCAUUCCAGUGUCCACGCUACCAAGUCUUUGAUCGGUGAGCUGCCGGCAUGGACACCCCGCAGAAAGAUCAAGGUCAUCACCGUGGGAGCGGGCUUCUCAGGCCUCAUGUUCGCCCACAAGCUGCAGCACCAGUACCCAGAAGUGGGACAAAUGGUUGACCACAGCAUCUUUGAAGCGAGACACGACGUUGGGGGAACAUGGCUGGUCAAUACAUAUCCCGGUGUCCAGUGCGACGUGCCGGCCCAUAUAUACGCAUUCCCAUUCGACCCCAAACCGGAUUGGGACAAUUUCUAUGCCUCAGGCGCCGAGAUCGAAACAUACAUCCGCGCCACCGUCAAGAAAUGGAACCUGGAUCGCGACGUGAGGCUCCACCACCGCGUCACCGAAGCCAUCUGGCAGCAGGAAACGGGCCGGUGGAGAGUGACAGUGGAGAAACCCGGCGGCGAAACCUCGACAGAAUACGCCGACGUCCUGGUGUCAGGUCAAGGUGUGCUCAACAAGUGGCGGUGGCCCGACAUCCCCGGACUGGAGCGGUUCAAAGGUUUCAAGUGCCACUCCGCCGCGUGGGAUGCCGACUACGACUAUUCCAACAAGAGGAUCGCCGUCAUUGGCAACGGCUCCUCGGGAGUCCAGAUAGUGCCUCAGUUGGCCAAACUCCCCGGGACUCAGAUCACGGCGGUUCAACGAAGUGCCAACUACGUCUACAUGCCCCUGCCGCCGUCGAGGCUGCUGGGCAAGGAGGGAGAUGACCGAGCCAACCCGCCCUUCACCGAAGAGGACAAGGAACGCUUCAGGAAAGACCCGGCCUUUCACCGUGCGUACCGCCGCAAGAUCGUCCACCACAUCAACAGCGCAUUCAGGAUGUACAUCAAGGGCUCGGCCGCGAACCAGGCCGCGACCGAGAUGGCCCGCAACCAGAUGGCCGCCAAGCUCCAGCACGACCCCGAGCUGUGUGCCAAGCUGAUCCCGUCGUGGCCCUUGGGGUGCAAGCGCAUCACGCCGGCCGACGGGUUUCUCGAGUCCCUUCUUCGUCCCAACGUCGAACUGGUCAGCAGCCCCGUGACUGCUGUGACGGAGGACUCGAUCGUGACCGCGGACGGGCGAGCCUUCCCGGUGGACGUGAUUGUGUGCGCCACGGGAUUCGACGUCUCGUUCCGGCCGCAGUGGCGCAUGAUCGGCCGCGACGGUGUCGACCUGGGCCAGCAGUGGGCCGGGGACGAUGUGCGGUCGUACCUCUCCGUCGCGGCCAAGGACAUGCCGAACUUCUUCAUGUUUCUCGGCCCCAACGCCGUCAUCGCUCACGGCUCGCUGCUGGAAGCCAUCAACUGGACCGGCGACUACAUCACCCGGUGGAUCCGGAAGAUGGCCACCGAAGACAUCAAGGCCGUCGUCCCCAAGGGCGCCUGCGUCGACGACCUGGUCCGCUACGGCGACCGCGUCCACGAGACCCUCGUCUGGUCCGCGGGCUGUUCGAGUUGGUUCAAGCGCAACACGGUCGACGGGAGGGUCACGGCGGCCUUUGGCGGAAGCGCCUUGCUCUUCAAGCGCUUGAUCUCGGAGAUCCGAGCCGAAGAUUUCGACAUCGAGUACCGAGACCCCAACCGGUGGUCUUUCUUGGGCAGCGGGUUUACCGACUAUGAGCUGGACCCCAGGAACUGCUUGUCAUGGUACAUUGAGCGCUAG